AUGGCCCCGAAACGACACGCAGCAGCAACUACAACCCCAUCCACCCCCCCAACAACCACCACCAACACCACACCCUCUACCCUCUCCUCCGGCCCAGCCACCCUAAAAUCCAACUCCUCCCCUUUCGAAAUCGCCCACUAUGUGCUGAACCAGUACCUCACGACUACACCGCAGCGCACGAUGCUGCUGGACGCCUUCAUGGGAUUUCUGGCGGUUGUCGCGGUAUCGCAGUUCCUGUACUGUGUGCUGGCGGGAAAUUAUCCGUUUAAUGCGUUUCUGAGUGGGUUCUGUGCGGCUGUGGGGCAGUUUGUGCUCACGGCGAGUUUGAGGAUGCAAACUAGUGGUGGUGGUAAUGAUGGGAAGGGUGGGAAGGCUGGUGGGAAGGGGAAGAGUGUGAGGAUUGCGGAGGAGGAGAAGGAAGAGAGUGGUGGUGAGGUUUCACAUGAGAGGGCAUUCGCGGACUAUGUCUUCGGAAGUGUGAUCUUGCAUUUCUUCUGCGUCAACUUUAUCAACUAA